AUGGCAGCUGCAAUGACAGUAUCAAAUAAAUCUUCUCUUAUUAAUUCAUCACAACAUUCAUCACCAGUAAUUAAUCCAAUAGAAUCAUUUUCUCCAACUUCAUCAUCAACAACACUUUCACCUGAAUCAUCGAAUUCAAUGUCAUCACCAGAUAAAUCAUUUGUAUUAAAUGAACACCACCACCAACAACAAUCAAUUCGUCUUGUUGAUUAUUUUGUGGUUUGUGAACAAGUUUUAAAUCCAUUUCAAUGUUCAUAUCGAUGUCGUAUAUUAUGUCAUUAUCCACAUGAAGUUCCAAAUAAUCCAUUUGAUGAAGAUGCGAUUAGUCGUUCGUCAAUGCCAGAUGGUGUUUCUAUUCGACUAAAUUCUCUUGAUCCCCGAACAACACAUCCUUUUUUAAUAACACGUCUUGAUGGAACACGUUAUUAUGGUGUUGUAUUAACAUUUUUUGAACAAAUAAAUAAUGAUGAUGAAAUUAUUUCUGAAUGUUCAUCAUCAACAGCAUUUAUUUCUUUAAAUCGUUUAAUUGAAAAUUAUAAUCGAACAUGUCGACAUCAACGUCGUUCAUCAUUAUUAAUUUAUGCAAGCAAAACUAUUUGUUUAAUUGGUCCACAAGCACAUUAUUCAAUAUUUAAACGUAUUUUAGAACUUCUUUAUCGUAUGACAAUUGAACAUGAUUUAUAUAUACCAUCUCCAUCAUUAUCACAUUCAGCUCUUAAAUUUAAUGUUGGUGAAAGACAAUUAACUGUUUGGCAACCAAGUAUUCAUGAUAAUGAUUUACCUUUAUUAGAUUUUAAUUUAUUGGAUUUUUUUUCUCGAUUGGGCGUUGAAGGCGUUGUUGAUCUUGUGACAUGUGCUUUAUUAGAACAUCAUAUUAUUCUGAAAUCUUCAGAUUAUACACGUUUAAUGCUUGUUGCUGAAUGUUUAACAUCACUGUUAUUUCCAUUUCAAUGGACACUACUUUAUGUUUCAAUUGUAUUUACUGCUGCACUUGUAUGUCUUGAUGUACCUGUACCUGCUAUAAUGGGUCUUUGUAUAAAUAAAUCGAAUGUAAAUUCCGAUGGUAAAAAUGUUGAUGAUGAUGAUAGAUCUAGUGAUACAAGCGAUGAAUUAACAUUUGAAGUUCAACGAUGUGUUGUUCAUAUUGAUACUGGACAUAAUAAAUUGCCUAAUGAUAUGUCACGUUUUCCAGAUCGAACUUGUUUUAUAAAUGAAUUAAAUAAUAUUUUAUUACGAUUUAAUAAUUAUAUUCUUAAUUGGACACAUAUUUAUGAUGAAAAUUUAUUAAAAGAAUCAAAUUAUGAACCAAGUCAAGCAUUAGCAAGACUUGCAGCAAUAGCUAAACGUGCUGGAAUUGUUAUUAAUAAUAAUGAUGAUGGAAAUAGUAAUAGUGGACUAUCAUGUUUAUUUAAUGAAUCUGAAUUACACCGAAUAUCAGCGAAUAAUUGUUUACGUGCAUCAUUUAUAAAUCGUUUUGCCCAAUUAUUUAGUCAAAUGGAUGCAUUUAUAUGUUAUCCACCAGUGGGCAAAUAUUCUAAUGUUGAUCAAUUGUUAGCACAACGAAGUACAACAAAAAAUUUUGAUCGAACUAUGUUUAUUGCUGAUCAAUCAAAACCACAUGUGCCUUUUUUACUUGCAUUUAUGGAAACACAAUCAUUUGUUUCAUUUGUUGAUAGUAAAAUUGCAUCAAAAUUUAAUGAAGAUAAUCAUCUUUUUGGUUUAACUAAUAAACAUUUACAAUAUUUUUCUGAUCAUAUUCGUUUAUAUCGUGAUCGUCGUGAUUUAACUUAUCAAUAUUGUCCAUCAAUUGAUUCAAUUGAUGAAGAAACUCGUCGUCGUUUUACUUCACCUUUUCCAUCUUCAUUAAUUGUAAUGAAUGCACCAUUAGUUCGCCCACUUGAUAAUUCAUUUUCUACAUCGAAUAAUUCUUAUUUAUUUGAAAAUCUUAAUGGAAUUGCUUCUAAUGAACAUCCACAAACUGUUGUUCUUCUUGAAAAUAAUGUUGUUUUUCAACAAUUACUUAAAGAAUGUACUACUAAAACAAAACGAAUGGUUAUUGAAAAAAUGGAAGAUAUUAUUGAAGAUUCAUCAUCAAUGGUUAAUUUAGAAGAAAAUGUUUUAAUAGCAGGUUUUGGUGAUUUACUUGAACGUACUUGGUCUCAUGGUGUUCAUCAUAAGCCAAAUGGAAAAUCUGCUUUAUGGAAUCAUAUUAAAUAUUAUGUUAAACUUAUAAAUUAUGAAUCAACACAAAUGUCUCAUGCUGGUCUUCCAGUAACAUUGAAUAAAGAUGAAAAUUCAGUAAAUCGUAGUUCAUCAGCUAGUCGAUCUCAAUCUCCCAGUGGUUCUCAUACUCUUUCACGUCCUCAAAUGAGCCUACAUCAAGUACGUUCAUCACCUCUAUUAGCAAUGGCAACUUCAGCAUUCAAUCUUGUUCCAUCCGAUAAUAUGAUGAUAACUAAUCAAUCGAAUACAUCUCUAGCACAUGAUUUUCAUUCUAUUGAAUUAUGUUUUGGACAUAAUCCAGUGUCUGUUUCAGCAUCUGAAAUUGGUUUUGCUCGUGUAUUUGUUCGUUUGGCACUUGAACGUCGUCUUUUAUCUCGUCUUUUAUCUCGUCUUUUAUCUGAAUUAUUUUCUCAAGUGAUCUUUUACAAGCUUUAUAUAAACGUGAAGCUUUUUUACGUAACCGAUGAUGGAGAUUUAAGAAAACAAUUUUUAGCUCAUAUUGAAUCGCUUCAAUUACUUGAUUAUAAAUGUUUUUCAAAUUCUUAUUCAGAUAUUGAUAUUAUUUAUCAUGUUAUUAUUGUUCCUACCAGAGCACGAGCAGCAAGAAUUUCUAGUACAACAACUGCUAAUCCAUAUAUUGCAUUAGCUGGUAUUUUGGGAUCAACAAAAGUUAUACCAUUACCAUCAAAAAAUACACUUGAAAUUAAAUUCAAACACAAAAAUUUGGGUCAAUUAACAACACUUCGAAUAGGUCAUGAUAAUACUGGUUUAAUGCCUCGAUGGAAUAUUGAUCAUGUUCUUGUUCGAAAUCAAUUAACAAACAAUGUUUAUCGAUUUCCAUGUGGACAAUGGUUAGGUAAAAGUAUUGAUGAUGAUAGUUUAGAGCGACUUCUUUUUAUUGAUUCGACAUAUUCAUGUGAAAUGAAUGAUAAUAAUACUAAUGGUUUAUUCGAUUCUGGUUCACCAUCUCAAUUAAUGACAACAAGUUUCAUAAGUGGUGGAUCUCAAGUAAAUUUAUCAGCUUCUGUACGAUCACGAUCACCUAGUUUACGACGUGUCAAUGAUCAAAAAAAUCAAUCAAAUCAACAAGCUGAUGAUAUUUAUGAAUUGUUAGAUCGAUCAAUUAAUCAAUUAGUUAAAUAUUUUGAUGAACCUGAAAACAAAAAAGGAUUAAUAACACCAAUUUUAUGUGGUGAAGAUGGUCUUGUUAAUGCAUUAGAAAAAACUCUUUCCUAUGGUUUAAAAAAAUCAACUGGUAAUGUUCCAUUUUUUGGUGGUGGACGAAAACGAUAUGUUUGGGACUUCUUAAUUAAAGUUUGUGAUGAAUAUGAUGGACGUCGAUCCCAAUGGCAACUUACUAAAUUAGAAAAAAACUGUUAUUUACUUCAUUUACUAUCAGAUUGGUUUCAAUUAUUAAGUCAAUGCAUUGAUGCAUGUCUACAACAAUUCUAUGAUCCAUUAAAUAAUUGUUUCCGACAAGAGAAACUUAAUCAAUUUAUUAUCAAUAUUUUAGAGCCUGUUAAAGAUUUUGAUUUCGCUCAUUUGGAACCGGCAUUACUCAAAGGACUUGUUGGUGUUUAA